GAGCGAUCCGGCCGUCGCGAACUGCGGUUGACCAGCCAGACCUGCCACCGUCAACUCGAUCACUGCCCAAAAUGAGUACAACAGCAGCUGUAGGGGCUGUGGAGACCCUCGCCCGGCAGGCGCCCUUCCGCCUCGGUGAGAAGGCAGUCUUCCUACCGAACCAUGUCGUGGCCUUUAUCCGCCCCAAGGAAGGCCAGCCGCCGACGAUGGCGACCUUCAACGUGCCGCUGUCCUUCAACAAGCUCGACUUCCGGGACUACCUGUGGAACGUGUACAAGGUGGAGGUGCGGUCGGUGCGGUCCUUUGUGAACCAGAUGCGGCCGCGGCAGAAGCGGUACAGCAACAGCCCGGGCGGCAAGUGGUACCGCCCCCGCUCGCAGAAGAUGAUGAUCGCGGAGCUGGCGCGGCCGUUCGUGUGGCCCGAGGCGCCCGAGGACCUGUCGCCCUGGGACAAGCUCAUGUUCGACGCCGUCGAGGACCAGCACCAGAAGGGCAUGGACGAGCAGUUCCGCAGCGCGAGGGGCACGCCGCUCCUCCGGGACCAGCUGGAGCAGAGCUCCGAGAGGGACAGGCUGAGGACGGCGGCCGAGAGGCUGCUUGCCGGGAGGAGGAAGUGGAAGCCCGGCCAGCCGCUGGGGGCGUCGUGGGUCGAGAUCGAGGAUGCCGAUGAGGCUGGGGAGGUUGAGACGGCGGUGUCUGCUGCGGGAGAGGACGUGCGACGCCCAUCGUCAUGAUUACACGAGGAAAAGCUGGGUGGGAGGCGUGUAUAAAGUUGUACGAUACGGGCGUCACGAUCUAAAAAAUACGGCAUCAUGUGGUCGAGCAGACGGUUCAAGGCAAUGUCGGAAAGGCUACGGCUCUACCCAGUGUUCUGGCUGCUGGAACUUGAGGACCUCGUCUCCCCAGCUCCACCAACCCGCCGUGAGGUUCCUGGCGAAGACCUCGAGGGCUUUGUACCCAGGGGGCAUAGCAUCCUCGAACAAGGGGCGCAAAUUAGGUUUGCGAGAAUGAAGGUCAGGUACAGAGACAAUUACUUUGCCCUGGCUAGGCAGUUUUGCCAACUCAACCCCUCGCCUCUUCGCAAUCAGAAGCCUCUCCCAUGGCUUCCGCCACGCAGAGUCCACACUCAGAAUGGGCUCGCCGCUUGUGGUGACCUUGAGCCACGUCCAUUCGGCCACGAGUUCCAGCCCCCACUCGGCGAACAGGCCUCUAGGCGAUGUCAGUAGCUCUAGUACGCGUGCUUUGUUGGUAAUCCAGACGGCGAGGAGACCUCCAGUCGCCAGAUGAGACGCAAUGGGUAUCAGGGAUAGAGUCUCGCGCAUAUCGUCGAGAUCAUUGGCCGUAUGGUAGCUGCCUCUCUUGCGCCGCACUGAGCGGCUCGGCCAUGGAGGGUCCAUGACUAUGAGGUCGAACUUGGGGGCUUCCUCCAGGAAGCGAGACCUUUCCGAGGAGAUUGUACCACGGAGAUAGACUGCCUCUUCGGGGAUCACUGGUUCACUGGGGAUAUUCUCUGGGAGAUCGACCUCGUCUGCCUUCCUCUUGUUGCCCCGCCCAUGUCCCUUCGCGUCCUCCCCCUGCGCAACGUGAAUCCGAGGCAAGCACCAAGGCCCAGAAUGCAAGUCGUGCAGCGCCUUCAGAGCAUCCUCAAUGGCUGCAGCAGCUGUCAACUCUGCCAAAGCAGCUCCCAUACUCGGGUUGAGUGCGGGCUGCUUGGGUUCUGGAGUUUCGAAGGGCUCAUCGGGCGGUCUAGAGGAUAUGAGCCUCCGUGCCUUGCCGGUCUGAGGUUCUCCCACAGGAUUUAAGUAUUGAGCAUCCUCGAUAGACUUAGGCCCAUCGAUGAGAACGACGCUGGGUUGCUCAUUGCGGAACAGGAUGGACUGCGACAUUGCCCCUGUUUUCUCCUAAUUGACGAUCCCUUUUGUGAUUCAACCUAAUUCAAGUCGCUUUAAGUAUUUUGUGGCCGGGCUGUUGUAGUGUGACUGGUUUAGUUGAUCAGUACUUAAGUAUGCCGAGGUCUGGAAGCCCGAGGUAAACCUAAAUUUCUC